AACACUGCCAGAUUGGGCAUCCAUCAGGAAGAGCAGACCGCUGCUUCAGACCCGGCCCGUCGCUGCAGUCUCCACCCCCGACACCCGACACACAGUAGGAUAAAUAGGCCGUCGUUCGGCAGCUCCUUUUUCCUCGUUAAUGGUCAGGAUCUGCGAGAGGAGAAUGAAGUUCCUAGUUGCUGCCACGCUCAUUGUGGGAUCGGUGGUUUUCCUUCUCUUCCCGAGCGGUUCCGACGCCGAUGAAAAGAAGAAGGGGCCUAAAGUCACCGCGAAGGUGUACUUUGAUAUGAACAUUGGAGAUGAGGAAGUGGGAAGAAUUGUGAUUGGAGUGUUUGGGAAGACCGUUCCCAAAACUGUGGAGAACUUUGUCGCAUUGGCCACAGGGGAGAAAGGAUUCGGCUACAAAGGCAGCAAAUUCCAUCGUGUCAUCAAGGACUUUAUGAUCCAGGGUGGAGACUUCACCAGGGGUGAUGGCACUGGAGGCAAGAGCAUCUACGGAGACCGCUUCCCCGAUGAGAACUUCAAGCUGAAGCACUACGGCAAGGGCUGGCUGAGCAUGGCUAACGCCGGCAAGGACACCAACGGCUCCCAGUUCUUCAUCACCACCAUCCAGACUCCCUGGCUGGACGGAAAGCACGUGGUCUUUGGAAAGAUCCUGGAGGGCUUUGAUGUUGUGAAGAGGAUUGAGGCCACCAAGACGGACAGCAGGGACAAGCCCCUCCUCGAGGUCUCCAUCCGCGACUCUGGCAAGAUCGAUGUGGACAAGCCCUACGCGGUGGCCAAGGAGUAGAGCACUACUGAAGCAUCACAUUAAACGGCACUGUGUGCAGGGGAGGGAAGAGGAGAUCGGGUGCUGGCCGCUUUGGAAUUGACGCCAGACCCGUUGUGUGUCCCGAUGAAGAGGGGGGCCGUGGUCAUCAUGAGGAUGAAGAAGGAGGUGCCUUCUUUUUAAAUGCGGCAGAACAAAAAUCGCAGCCAAGAUUUCAAAACCACAGCAUUUGGGUCCAUUUUCAGUUUUCCUAUUACCCCCCAACAAUCAUUCCAAGUUGCAAUUCCAAGCUGUUCUUGCGAUUGGUUUUUUGUAAUAAAAUAAGGAAAUCUUGAAUAAAGGUUACUUUACUUGA